AUGGAGUCCAUGGGGCCUCAACAGUCAGGAGGAAAAGAAGUAAUAAAGAGGAGAGACAAAUAUGAAGCUCCGGCCUCAUUUCCAGGAGUCACCACCACAGACAGUGGUUCAGAUGUGCAGCGAUUGAACAUCACAGCUGAGGGUAGCAGCAACGUCAACACUCCAGCUUUGUCACAUACCAACGUUCAGGGGAGCAUCAACAUCAUCACGAACAUCCAUCAUCAAGGUGCUGAGACCUCAACUCUGGCACAACCACCAAAGAAGCUGGAUGGACUGUUUCCAAAAUGCCAACAAGUGCUCAAAGAAAAGCUAUCUAAGAAGUUCCAAAAUGUGCGUGUAGCCAUCCCAAAGCAGGGACAACCUGCAUCUCUUGAGAAGAUCUACACAGAGCUCUACAUCACAGAAGGGGAAUGUAUUGAAGUCAGUACUGAACAUGAGGUCAGACAGAUUGAGAUGUUAUCCAAGAAAAAGACUACCAAUGGGGAGACACUAAUCAAAUACACUGACAUCUUCAAGCCCCUAGCGAGACAAGACAAAGACAUCAGAACAGUGAUUACAAAGGGAAUAGCUGGAAUUGGGAAAACGGUCUCCGUGCAGAAGUUCAUUCUGGACUGGGCUGAAGGGGAAGCUAAUCAGGAUAUUCACUUCCUGCUUCCUGUGCCUUUUCGGGAGAUAAACCUGAUAAGAGAAAAGGAAUACACUCUCAUGGGAUUUAUUCAUCACUUCUUCAGUGAAACAUCUGACCUCAUCUUCUCCACUGAUGAGAAAUACAAAGUUGCCUUCAUAUUUGAUGGUCUGGAUGAAAGCCGGCUUCCUCUAGAUUUCCAGAAUAAUGAAUGCAUUUACAAUGCAUCAGAACCUACCAAAGUUGACGUUCUUCUGACAAACCUUAUCAAGGGUAAUCUGCUCCCCUCUGCUCAAAUUUGGAUCACCUCCCGACCAGCAGCUGCCAGUCAGAUCCCUCCCGAGUGUGUGGACCAGGUGACAGAAGUGCAGGGUUUCACUGACCAACAGAAAGAGGAAUAUUUAAAGAAAAAUAUUGACGAUCAAGAGAAAGCCAGCAGAAUCAUCACACAUCUGAAGUCAUCCAGGAGCCUCUACAUCAUGUGCCACAUUCCUGUCUUCUGUUGGAUGGCAGCCACUGUUCUGGUGUCUAUCCUAACUGAAGGGAAGAGUGAUGAGAUUCCAACUUCCAUGACCCUGAUGUACAUACACUUCCUGAUCAUACAUGCCAAGCAUAUUAGCGAGAAGUACAAAGUCCAAUGGAAAGAGAAGACAAUUCUGUCCCUGGGUCGACUGGCUUUCCAACAGCUGGAGAAGGGUAAUCUGAUCUUCUACGAAGAUGACCUUAACAAAUGUGGAAUGGAUGCCAAAGAGGCCGAAGAGGCCUCAGUAUACUCCGGAGUCUGCACCCAGAUCUUCAGGGAGGAGUCUGGGCUGGACCAGCAGAAGGUGUUCUGCUUUGUUCAUCUGAGCAUUCAGGAGUUCCUAGCAGCUUUAUAUGUGUUUUUGCACUUUAGCAGGAAGUCUCUAAUGUCUAAAAUCCUACAACCCCUCAAAACCGUUAGGAGAAACUCUCCGCUUCAGUCACUGCUCAGUGCUAUCAGCCUCCAUGAGCUACACCAGACUGCAGUGAAACUGGCUAUAAAGAACGAACAUGGACACCUUGACCUUUUUUUGAGGUUCCUUUUGGGCCUCUCACUAGAGUCCAAUCAGAGACGCCUACAAGACCUCAUACCACAAGAAGGAAGUCGCUCACUGGACACAAAAAAAACCAUCAAGUUCAUCAAGGAGAAUAUCAGAGACAUCCAAAACCCAGAGAGAUGCAUCAACCUGUUCCACUGCCUGAAUGAACUGAACGACCACUCUCUGGUGGAGGAGGUCCAGGGGUACAUGCAGAAGGCAAAGCAAGACAGAGCGGAUCUUUCUCUUUCCCAGCUGUCUGCUCUGGCCUUUCUGUUACAAAUGUCUGACCAGGAGAUGGAGGAGUUUGACCUGAGGGAUUACGGAUCUCAUGCAAGAUCAGAUGCAGGUCUGCUGAGGAUGCUGCCAGUGGUCAAAAUAUCAAGAACAGUAAAGCUGCGGGAGUCUAGCCUCAAGGAGAGCAGCUGUUCAUAUCUAGCUGCAGCUCUCAGCUCAAGCUUUUCCAGUCUGCGACAUUUGGACCUGCGUAACAAUAGACAACUGGGUGAUUCAGGAGUGAAGCUGCUGUCUACUGGACUGGAGCAUCCAAACUGUAGACUGGAGACACUGGAGCUUAACUCCUGCAGUAUAACAGCAGAGGGCUGUGCUGCUCUGGCUUCAGCUCUGGCAUCAAACCCCUCGUCACACCUGAUACAGCUGGAUUUGGAUGGCAAUCAAAUACGAGACUCUGGAGUGAAGCACAUCUCUGAUCUACUCAGGAAUCCAGACUGUAAACUAAAGACACUGACGCUUGGUGACUGCAGUAUAACAGCAGAGGGUUGUGCUGCUCUGGCUUCAGCUCUGGCAUCAAACCCCUCUUCACACCUUAUGCAUCUGGAUCUGGAUGGCAAACAACUAGGAGACUCUGGAGUGAAGCACAUCUCUGAUCUACUCAGGAAUCCAGACUGUAACCUCCAGACACUGAAGCUUGGUACAUGCCGUCUAACAGCAGAAAGCUGUGCUGCUCUGGCUUCAGCUCUGACAUCAAACCCUUCAUCACACCAGCUACAGCUGAAUCUGAAAUACAACGGAUAUGAACUAGGAGACUCUGAGGUGAAGCACAUCUCUGAUCUACUCCGGAAUCCAGACUGUCAACUACAGGAACUAGAGUAAGUAAAGAGACCAGGGGAAACACUAGAAAUUACCUAUUUUCAGUUAAAUUCUGUCC